CCUUUAUUAAGUAUGAUAAUUUCAAUGGUUUUCUCCACUAUCACACCCAAUUUUCACAUUCACAACAAACUAUAUUCAACAAAACAAUAAACUACCUUUAUUAUUUUAUUGUCUACCAUUUAAUUCUAUAUAUAUACAUUUCCAAUCAAUUUCUUCAUUUGAGACUAACUUACCAUUCCUAAACUAGGGGACAUCCACUUUGCCCCACUUCAAUAUCAACUCCUUUCUUUGCCAAACAACCCUUUACUACAAGAUUAGCAAACCUCAAAAAAACUUGUUUUCCAUUUUUUUUCUUAUAAAGUGUGAAUAUAAAUAGAGCCCUUAAAGCUGGAUAUCUUAAGAGGUACUAGUACUAGAAUGUCAUCUCGUGUUAUAGAUGAUAAUUCUGCCUCAUCUUCACCUACUCUCUUACCUUACUUUGGCUCAACUAACUAUCACACCAUGGAUCUCGAAUCCCACGGUGGUGAUAUUGGUGGUGGCGGUGGUGUUAAUGGUGGUCGUCGUGUUUCAUUCUCCCCCACGCUUGGACAACUGUUGAAGCGUGUGGGAGAUAUGCGCAAGGAGGUCACUGGUGAUGAAACACCCGUGCACCACACCCUUGCGCUCAGCCCUGAAACACGCGCCCUCCCUUUCGUUCUUCGGUUCACAAACCUUACCUACAAUGUCAAGAUUAGAAGAAGAAUGCGACUACACUCCCAUACCAAGACACUAUUGAAUGAUAUUUCGGGCGAAGCCCGAGACGGAGAGAUCAUGGCCGUGCUAGGAGCAAGUGGGUCCGGAAAAUCUACCCUUAUUGACGCACUUGCUAACCGCAUUGCUAAGGGUAGUCUCAAGGGAAAAAUAACCUUAAAUGGAGAACCACUAGAAUCUCGCCUUCUAAAGGUUAUAUCAGCUUAUGUAAUGCAAGAUGACUUGUUAUACCCUAUGCUAACGGUCGAGGAGACACUAAUGUUCUCAGCUGAAUUUCGACUUCCUCGAGCCUUGUCGAAAUCCAAGAAAAAAGCACGAGUUGAGCAACUGAUUGAUCAGCUCGGGCUCAGGAACGCAGCCAAGACCAUCAUCGGUGACGAAGGUCACCGUGGUGUGUCGGGUGGUGAGCGUCGAAGGGUGUCGAUUGGUAUCGACAUCAUUCAUGAUCCUAUAAUACUGUUUCUCGAUGAGCCGACCUCUGGUUUGGACUCAACAAGUGCUUAUAUGGUUGUUAAAGUCUUGCAAAGGAUAGCACAAAGUGGAAGUAUUGUAGUGAUGUCUAUACACCAACCUAGCUACCGUAUUAUGGGGUUAUUAGACCGACUUAUAUUUCUAUCAAAAGGACAGACAGUUUUCAGUGGGUCCCCUUCCGAUUUACCGGGUUAUUUCGAGGAAUUUGGGAGCCCAAUACCUGAAAAUGAAAACAAAACAGAAUUUGCCCUUGAUUUGAUUAGAGAGCUAGAAGGUUCUCCGAUAGGAACCAAACCUUUGGUUGAAUUCCAUAAAGGAUGGCAAUUAAAAAGAAGAAACACCAUACCCGCCAUUGAAGGAGCACCACAAGAUAGUAGGGGUGGUUUGUCCUUAAAAGAAGCCAUUAGUGCAAGUAUCUCAAGAGGGAAACUAGUAUCCGGCGCCACCAACACUGAUGCAAGCCCAGCUUCAAUGGUACCCACAUUCGCUAACCCAUUUUACACCGAAAUCGCAACGUUAUCCAACAGAUCAAUCAUGAACUCCCGGCGGAUGCCGGAACUGUUCGGAAUCCGGCUUGGAGCGGUGCUAGUCACGGGGUUUAUCCUCGCCACCAUGUUCUGGCAGCUCGAUAACUCCCCAAAGGGUGUUCAAGAACGUCUCGGAUUCUUCGCUUUCGCUAUGUCCACAACCUUCUACACAUGUGCCGAUGCUCUUCCCGUUUUCCUCCAAGAACGAUACAUCUUCAUGAGAGAAACCGCGUACAACGCCUACCGCCGCUCAUCCUACGUCCUAUCCCACGCCCUAACCGCCUUACCUUCCUUAAUCUUCCUCUCAUUCGCCUUCGCCGCCACCACAUUUUGGGCCGUGGGUCUCGACGGCGGAGCAUCGGGCUUCUUCUUCUAUUUCGGCAUCAUAAUGGCCUCAUUCUGGGCCGGAAACUCCUUCGUGUCCUUCCUCUCAGGCGUAGUCCCACACGUAAUGCUCGGAUACGUCAUAGUCGUCGCAAUUCUAGCCUAUUUCCUCUUAUUCUCAGGAUUCUUCAUCAACAGAGAUCGAAUCCCAAAUUACUGGAUCUGGUUUCACUACAUUUCACUAGUAAAAUACCCAUAUGAAGGUGUCCUGCAAAACGAGUUUCAGGACCCAACCAAAUGCUUCAUUAGAGGUGUACAAAUCUUCGAUAACACUCCAUUAGGGGCAGUCCCUAAUUCUAUCAAGGUAAGAUUAUUGCAGACUAUCAGUGGAUCAUUGGGGAUGACGAUUACGCCUUCUACUUGUGUUACUACCGGUGCUGAUAUCCUUCAACAACAAGGGAUUACUGAUUUGAGUAAGUGGAGUUGCUUGUGGAUUACGGUUGCUUGGGGUUUUUUCUUUAGGAUUUUGUUUUAUAUUUCUUUGUUAUUGGGGAGCAAGAACAAGAGAAAUUGAUGAUGGGGUUUAAAAUAUUAUUAUUAGAUUAUAUUUAUAUAUCUUGUUUAUUAAUUACUAUUACUAUAUAUUAUUAGGGUUGGGUGAAAAUUUUUAUGAUUUUUAAUUAUUAUUAUGAUAUAUGUUUUUUUAAUACAUUGAAUGAA